AUGAUUUUCUCCUCAUUUUACAGUCGUAACGCAGGCGCAGGUGCUGGACAGGGGAAAGUGAAAGGAAGUGGAGCAGCCGGAGGUGAUUUCAGGUGUUUUCAGGUGUUUGCUUUGCCUGGCGGUCACAGAAAAUACGACGCAAGCCGCGGCUCGUGGCGACGUGUAGCAGGAAGAAUGGCAGAUAAUGGAAGAGGGGAGUCAGAUGGAGCGUAUGAUGUUACUGAUAUUCCAGCAUGGGAUGAAGGUCCUAAAUCAAUGGAAGAAAGCGGAGCUAUGGAAAACAGCAGCACACCAACAGUUUUCAAAGAUAAAAUGCAUAAAGUCAGGAAGUCUUUCAAAGGAAGCAUCAGACGAAUGGGAGAAAAAAGCCCCCUGUCUCUAAAAAACAAGGGGUCCACAAGCAAAGAGAUGGGAAACACCCCAGAUCUUCUGGCACACACUCCACCUUCACCAAAUUUAAGUAUAGGGUCAUCCUCCCCACACAAGAGUGCAGGUGAUCCAUCACAGAGCCCACAGGUCCAGAAACAUCAACCUUCACAUUCAAGGACUCAGUCAGACUCAGUUAUUGUUUUUGGGGAUGAAUUGCCAAAGAAGCAGGGACCUGGUAGAUGGAGUUUCCGUCUGGGGAGCAAGAAAGACAAAACAGGAGCCCAAACAUCCAAACAGGAGCAGCUGGAGGUGCUCACAGAGAAUUGGGCCCCAACAGAGGAGAUGAAACCAGAGGUUACAGAAGAAGCAGUGGAGGUCCCAAUAUCAUACACACUGCCUGAGAUUCCUGUAGCACCUUUGUCAGUAAUGCAGAUUAACAAGCUGAUUGAGAUGGAGGUCUUGGAAGAGGCUUAUCUGAACCUUCUGUCUCUGCGGAAGGAGUUUCAGCAUGAGCGGACAGCUCUAGGUGAGGAGGACUCUCCAGUGGAACUGGCCCAUAAGGAGAAAGACUUGAGUCUGCUCUACAACUCACUGAGGACCAAGCUAAACGCCAUUGUCCGGCAAUCCUGUGCCCUGCCCUCCCGCAACAAGGAGCUGCUGGUGCAUGUGGCCUGCAUCAUCCAAGAAGAGGAGAAAAGAGAAGGAGAUCUGGGGGGGAUGAGUGGAUGGAGGGAUGCAUGGAGGGAUGCAGUAAAGGAAGGCUUGAAAGACACUGUCAAGGGGGUCCAUUUGAAUAGCCAUGAAGAAAGUGCUUCCUGGUUGGCAGUGCACUUAGGGCUCCUCGGGAAAGCCGUGGUGGAAGACUUAGAGAAAGUGAAGACAGAGCUUGUUAACUCUUAUCCACUGAGCUUUAAUGUGUUUGAAACCUACACAUUAUGUUGUCAUGAGGUUGUAGGAGAACACCUGAAGAGGCUUCUGGAAAAAGUGACAGAGAUGAGGGACUACCAUGCUCUUCUGGAUUUUAUUAUUCACCGCUACACAAGUGAAAAGAUUAUGGGUAGCAUUUCCUUGCAACCAGAACUAAAGGAAGAGCAGAGAACCCUGAAACUGGAUGAGGAUUUUAUGAACAAGAUAAAGACUGGAUACUGCACUCGUGUACAGGUAGAGAUGAGGUCAUCCCUGGACAAGGUUAUUGAACUGGAACAUGAGGAAAUGUGGAAAGACAGCAAUGAACCAGAGAUUGACGAGGACCUUUAUAACUCUCACAUCCACAUGGACAUCUGGACGAAUAUAAAGGGAAAAGCUCAGGCAACCAGGCGGCUUGAUAUGAAACUGGAGCAGAAUGUUGUGCGCUGUUGUCUUGAGGAGCUGAAACAGUUUCCAAAACGCUUUGAGUCAGCCUUUGUGCAGUGGAGCAGUGCUCUGACAGAUUCCUCCCUAUGGGCCGUGUAUCACAUCACUUACAUCAACAGCUUCAGUGCACUGAAAGAGCACAUGGAGGGCUACAGGGACACCUGCCCGCAGCAGAUGGAACAGCUGGGCAAGGAGGUGGAUGGACUGGUUCACCGUCUGAGUCAGACUCUGCUGGAACGAUUCCAAACUGAUGCAAAGCCCUUUCUGAGGAGGAUGUUAACAAGGAAGUGGCUCUCGACUGACGAAGACUUCCAGCAACUUACUACCAGGAUCGAAAAUCUGUCUAAACAGUGCAAACACAUGAGUUCCCAACAUGCAGAGGCUCUUGUAAGUGAGGUGCAAUACUUUGUGGUGAAGGAGUAUGUGUCUCAGUUGAUGAAGAAUAACUACUCAUGCAAAAACAGGAAGAAUGAAAAGGCUGCCUCGAAAAUGAGCGAGCAGUGGGGUGAACUCAGAGAGCUUUUUCAGGAAAUGAACUCAUCACAAAACUGGCUCUACCCAGUGGGAGACCACCUGAGCAAGAUCGUCGGACAGAGAAAUAAAAGCGAAAUAAAGAACAACCUAAAGCCAUUGGUUAAUGACUAUCCAGACAUCAGUAAAAAACAUCUCUCAGCUGUGCUGUAUUUCCGUGGAAUGAGCCGAGGCAGGGAGAGACAAGUGAUUCUGCAGAAGCUCUCUGAGCUGAAACGACUCCACAAAAUAUCUGGGAAGACAGAGCAUGCCCUCUUUACUGAGAUUCAGCCAGCAGUGAACACGGACUGUCUGGCCAACUUGCCUUUCUCCUGCUUCUCCAUGCUAAUCCCAGACAGUUAGUCGAGAAACAACUGUGAAUUUUGCACUGUGUGCUUUUCCUUUGUCUUACUGAGGGGUUGUAGACUAGACAUAUGCUGAUCAAGUACUUUUAAAAUAGAGAUCUCAUGUUUUAACCCCUUAAACCUCACAAACGUCUAUAUCUUAAGGCUUAUUAGAAUCUAAUUGCAUGAAAAACAAUGAUAAAUCUCUAUUGAGUUACACCUGAUUGUACGAGACAUGAACUUUUGUUAAGAUGUCUGGGGACUGCAAAGUGUAUUCUAUGGGAGUUUCCAAACUAUGGUAUGUGUUCCACUGGUGGUUUGGAAAGCAUCCCAUGAGUGUACGCCAGAUGGUAUUUGCUCUAUCCACAAAAAUAUUCAUAAUAGAAAUUUAUAAAAGGUUUCAUAAAAAUAUAUACUAAUUUGUUCUUAGUGCUUAAUCCAUUAGAUUUUGUAUGCAAACCCACACAAGUUCUGUACUCUCACAAUUUUGCUUCUGUGUAGUUCUAUCAGUGUCACAGGCCCUACCAUAGAACCCUGUAGCACUUCACAGGAUAUAGCAAGCCAAUCAGUUACAGAUAAGUAAUUAAUGCAAUUCACUAUACUGUCUCAAACACCUUUGCAAAACAAACAAAUAAUGAAUAGUUUACUGUUUUUCGCUGAAUUCUGUGGUCGUCCGGUAAUUUUAUUAAUUUUAUUAAUUUUAACACAGAUCUCUGUUCACUGCCACACACCGUAAAUACACUUUGGGAGCGCAUUUCCACGGAGAUCCACGUAAACACAACAGUUAGUGGAAAUGGAGGAGUUACUGAACCAAUUCCUCAUGUGACAACACUUCUGUUUUUCAAUUGCAGUCCAGAUUCAAGAGUUUUAUCACUGAGUAGAAGUGUGAAAUAUUUUUUACAGACGUCCCCCUGAUAAACUAAUCCCAUCCGGAUAUGGUUUAAGUAAGUUAAAGUGGAUUAUUUCUGCUUUUAUCAAUAAGACAGUGGGUACGCGCUCCCUAGAGAGGGUUGCUUUUCAUAGCGAGGGUUGCUUUUCAUAGCGAGGGUGCUGUAUUCGGCAAAACACCAGUAAGCCCACUGAGCAGUAAGUAAUGACGUAAGCGUGCUUGGGUACGAAUUGUUUAAAUGUAAUGUGAGUGCCAGCGAGGGAGUGGGGAGGCGGGGAGAACUGUGCUCCAGGACAAUUCAACCAAACCGUGCCUAUUGUCAGUACACUC